GUGAACAUGAGGGUCCCCAUUCAGCUCCUCAGCUUGUUGCUGCUCUGGCUCCCAGGUGCCAGGUGUGACAUCCAGAUGACCCAGUCUCCAACCUCUGUGUCUGCAUCUCUAAGAGAAAGAGUCACCAUCUCUUGCCGGGCCAGUCAAAGCGUUAGCAAAUAUUUAGCCUGGUAUCAGCAGAAACCAGGGGAAGCUCCUAAGCUCCUGAUCUAUGCUGCAUCCAAUUUGGAAACUGGGGUCCCAUCCCGGUUCACUGGCAGUGGAUCUGGGACAGAUUACACCCUCACCAUCAACAACCUAGAGGCUCAAGAUGCUGCAACUUAUUACUGUCAACAGGCUCACUCACUGUGGCUUACGUUCGGCCAGGGGACCAAGGUGGAAAUCAAACGGUCUGAUGCCCAGCCAUCUGCCUUCCUCUUCCACCCAUCUGAACAGCAGUUAAAGACUGGAACUGCCUCUGUCGUGUGCUCUGUGAAUGGCUUUUACCCCAAAACUAUCAAAGUCACUUGGAAAGUGGAUGGAGUUGUCCAAGACAACAACAUCCAGGAGAGUUUCACUGAGCAGGACAGCAAAGACAGCACAUACAGCCUCAGCAGCACCCUGACGCUGUCCAGUUCCGAGUACCAAAGCCAUAGUCUCUAUACCUGCGAGGUCAGUCACAAGUCCCUGGCCUCCGCCCUGAUCAGGACCUUCAAUAAGAACGACUGUUAG